CCACAGAGAUUUUUUGUCACUGCUAGAUCAACAUGUCCACUCCCGAUUCCUCCACUAGCGAGACGCAAGUCAAGCUUCCCCAGAAACGCUACUAUAGACAACGCGCACAUGCCAACCCAUUCUCAGACCACCAACUUGAGUACCCCACCAUGCCUUCGGAAAUGGACUGGUCAAAGCAUUAUCCCACUUAUUACCCCACCAAGGAUGCCGAAUGCGACAAGAAAGUAGAGUUUGCCGAUAUUGGAUGCGGAUACGGUGGUUUGCUCAUUGCUCUCGCUCCUCUUUUCCCCGAGAAACUCAUGAUUGGUAUGGAGAUUCGACUCAAGGUUGAAGAAUAUGUCUAUGAGCGUAUCAAGGCUCUUCGACUUCAGAAACCCGGAUCCUAUCAAAAUGUGUCGAUCAUGCGUAUGAACGCCAUGAAGUUCCUUCCCAACUUUUUCGAAAAGGGCCAACUUACCAAAACAUUCUUCCUCUUCCCUGAUCCACAUUUCAAGGCAAGAAAGCACAAGGCUCGCAUUAUUAGCACCACAUUGUUAGCGGAAUAUGCUUAUAUCAUGAAGGUUGGAGGAAUAUUGUAUACGAUAACUGACGUUCGGGACUUGCACGAAUGGAUGGUCGAGCACUUGGAUGCCCACCCUCUAUUUGAGAGGAUCCCUGAUGCAGAAUGUGAACAAGAUCCAGUGGUUGAGCACGUUCGAACGGCUACAGAAGAAGGCAAGAAGGUGGCUCGUAAUGAAGGCGAUAAGUUCUUAGCUUGUUAUCGUCGUAUUGAAGACCCAUUAGAGUAGACUCAUUUGCCAAGCUUUUGCUUGUCAAAAUAAUAAAAAACUACGCACGCAUAACAUUUUUUAGGAUUUUUUGUCUGUGCGGCGAA